CGUCGCUGCUGGCGAACACAAGACAUGGGUGGCAUCGAACCACGGCUGCAAACCCCGGGUCGCUCAUGGACCAUAUUUUGGUUUUCCUCAUGAUACAACAUCUGGUUUUAUGCGUCUACAAGUCGCAUCAGUGCGCAGGUUUCGUUCAAACAAACAAAUGGUCCGAUCAAUAGCCACUGGACUGAGACUGCCGUAGGGAGGAUACAAAAAAACACACCGACACACUUGAUACACACUCACACUCACACACACACACACACACACGGGCCAUGGCGCUGGAGAACUCUGUCUUCCCCUCCCGCCCAGAAUCCCUCUCGCUCCCCGUGGAGGAGAAGGGGGAAGGGGAAGAGGUGGAGGUGGCCACUGAGGCCACCGCCUCCACGGAGGUCUUCAACCUAUCGGAGGAGCUGGGCCACGUCGUCACCACGGAGACGCCGCUGUAUCCUCCGGUCUUAGCGAAGGUCAACAGGUCGUUCCAGGCCAAGCUGGCCGAGCGGGAGGCCCAAGCCAACGAGCCCAGGAAGAAGACGCAGGGGGCGGAGAAGGAGAAGGAGAGGGGACGAUUCGGGUGGGCUCGGACUCGGCGCAAGAGGCAGCGCUACGUGGAGAAAAACGGACGAUGCAACGUGCAGCACGGUAACAUGCGGGAGACUUACCGCUACCUGACGGACAUCUUCACCACGCUGGUGGACCUGAACUGGCGCUGCUCGCUCUUCGUCUUUGUCAUGGCCUAUGCCGUCACAUGGCUCUUCUUCGGGGCCAUCUGGUACCUCAUAGCCUACUGCAGGGGUGAUCUGGACCAUCUGGAGGAUGAGAAUUGGACGCCGUGCGUCAACAAUGUCAACGGCUUCAUCUCGGCCUUCCUCUUCUCCAUCGAGACAGAGACCACCAUUGGCUACGGCCACCGGGUCAUCACUGACCAGUGUCCGGUGGGCACCAUGCUGCUGCUGCUGCAAGCCAUACUGGGAUCAAUGGUCAACGCCUUCAUGGUGGGCUGCAUGUUCGUGAAGAUCUCGCAGCCCAACAAACGAGCCGAGACGCUGGUGUUCUCCAAGCACGCCGUCAUCUCUCUGAGGGACGACAAGCUCUGUCUGAUGUUCAGAGUCGGAGACCUGCGCAGCUCCCACAUCGUCGGAGCCAACAUGAGGGCCAAGCUCAUCAAGUCCAAACAGACUCAGGAAGGUGAGUUCAUCCCUCUGGACCAGACAGACAUCAGCGUGGGCUUCGAGACCGGCGAUGACCGCCUCUUCCUCGUCUCGCCGCUGGUCAUCUCCCAUGAGAUCGACACACAUUCGCCUUUCUGGGACAUGUCCCAGUCCCAGCUGGAGAAGGAGGACUUUGAGAUUGUGGUCAUCCUGGAGGGGAUGGUGGAGGCCACUGGGAUGACGUGCCAGGCGAGGAGCUCCUAUCUGGCGGAGGAGGUGCAGUGGGGUCACAGGUUCAGCCCCAUGAUGUCUCUGGCAGAGGGAUUCUUUGAUGUCGACUACGGAGCUUUUCAUCACACGUUUGAGGUGAACACGCCCUCCUGCUCAGCGCAAGAGAUCUCAUUGGCUACGGCCAGACUUGACGCUCAUCUGUACUGGUCCAUCUCCAGCAGGCUGGAUGAGGAGCCCACGCUGACCAACGAGGCGGCCAAGCAGCCGGACAGCGGCUCGGCCAGCAGCAAAGGAGGGGAGCCCGUCUUCAUUGUCGGGGAGAUGACGGACAUUCAGGAGCAAACAGGACUGGGCGAGCUGAACGGCAGCGUCGCCACUGACCAAUCGGAAUCAGAGGCCUAGAACAGAGAAUGUUUACAAAGACCUUCAGUAUAUCGCCACCACAGUUAGUGUUUGCAGGUCUUUUAUUUCAAGGCAAAACGAGUAGUUUAGACUCAGUUCUGCAGUAUACGCCAUAUCUUAUGUUACCACAUAUGAUUUUAUUUCUUGAUACCUUUGUCUUUUAUUUCUAUGUCGAUCUUUGUUACAAGUGUAUUGUAUGUGUGCUCUUUUCAAUUUGUUGUGUUAGCUAAAAUCACCCUUGCCUAUAUAAUACAUUUAAAUGACAAUACUAUGCUUCAGGUGGGGUCAACAGUAGUAAAUCCAGAGGACCAUAAUAUUUUAAACAGACAGAGGUUGGACCAAAAAGACAAAGUGGUUCAUAUGUGCAGAAUUAAAUGUAAGGAUUGUUUAAAUAUAAUAAUAUUUAAAAUAGGUACAGUGCAAAGACACAUUAUUUUCACCUAGGCACAAAUACCACUAGAUAGUAUUGAGAUAUAAACUGAAAUUAUAGAGAACUCAGCUUUGUUUAGAUGAAAAGGUUGCUUAUAGUUUUAUUCCAUAGGUUGUAUAUAAAGAUGGGCGAUGUGUCACAGAAAUUAAGCCAAAAAUAUCCUGCAGACGAGUGCCGCCAUUGUGCGCUUUUGACGUCAUUUGGAGUCCGAGUCGUUCCGUCGAUACACAAGCUCGACAGGUUGUGAGUCAGUCUCAGCUGUCAAUCAUCACCCAGUUUAUAAAGCCUAAAAUCAAAGCCUAAAUAUUUAUUAAUAUCUCUGAUACAGCCUACAUGCACUCAACCAACUGUGUUUUUUAAAGCAUCAUUAACUUCACAUAUUUAGAAACAAACACGUAAAAAAAUAUGUGUGAUAAGAACUACCUGAAAUGACAAAAAACAUCUUUGGGGAAAAUUCAUUUGACUUUUUAGUUUGGUCCAUGUCCCAUCCACUGACAUGGAGGAGGCUGGGUUUUUGACCUAUACUGCAGCCAGCCACCAGGGGGCGAUCAAGAUGAAUCGGCUUCACUUCUGCUGAGCUGUCAUGUUGUCCAUGUUUAUAUACAGUGUAUGAUUUAUUCUACAUUAAUCCGGUGUUAACAGGGGGGGCGAACACUAGCCCAGAAGUGUCAACUCUGCGAGAAUCUUAAUUGAGCCGCAAAAAAAUAUUUGGCCGACAAAACAGAAACCGAAUCCAGUGAAUUGCGGCCGGUUCCCUGCCCGGAGUAUAAACACAUCUUAUCAUCAGGAGACACCGAGUAUUAUGUUUGUUAAUAACACGUAUAUAUAGAUUUGCUGACACUCCUCCCUGCACACAGCACAUCAUGGUGAGUAGGAUCUAAAACCUUUAACCUAGAGACAAGUGUGUCUGUGGCUUUGUUUCACGUGAGAUGUGUGUAGCACAAGGAUUCUCUAUCUUUUGUCCCCAGCCAAGUAGAAAUUAAAAGCACAACAGUGUCCUGCUCAAACGCCUGCUUCUGCUGCUGUGUAUAUAAAUACAUGUGGCCAUUUUUACUUGAUGUUUUUAAUAUUAUAAAUAUAAUACAUUGAUUAGAAUUAAUAAACUAUAAUAUAUUCCAGAG